CUGCAAACCUGCCAUCUGAUGGAGUGUUAGUGGACUAGGGAGCUCGCGCUCACAUCCGCUGCUGCCUGCUGCAGACGACGGCCAAACAGUAGUUCCUCCACGCAUCAUCCUCCGGACACGCCACUCAGUCCAUCGUCAACAAUCCCCAGGCGGGGGAUCUAGCCAUGAUGGCAUGCGCUCUCUCCAUCGCCCAGCCUACCGCCCUCGCGCCGUGCGGCGGCGGCGGAGGCGGCAGCAGCAAGAUCGUCCCCAGGAAUCUCCCGAAGCUGCGAAGCCCCAUGGUUUCAGGCAGGAUGAGAAGUCGCGCUGUCGUCGCCAGGGCUGCGCAGGACAGUUCAGAAGCCUCCUCCGGGAGCGUCGUCAGAUACGUCAAGAGUUCGUUCAACACUACUGAAGACAUAUUUGCUCUAGCGGGUAUCGGCUUUGCAGCAAUUGCGGCAUUCUGGGCUUCCAUGAUGCUUAUUGGGGUCAUCGACAAGCUCCCUGUUCUCCCUCUUUUCUUCGAACUAAUCGGAAUAGCAGUUGCAUGGUGGUUUAUCUACGGGAACCUCCUCUUCAAGCCAGACAGGGAAAAGUUUCUGGAGAACAUCAAAAGCUCAGCAUCUCGAAUCUUGGGGCAGUAACUUCACCGUGAAGACAAAGUACAUCCUGCCUACGACAUACAUUUUCUUUGGGCCUGUCAGAAAACAUUUAGCUGUGCGCUCAUGUUAGGCAUCUGCGUCACCGUUGUCCGUUCUAGAUGUAAUACACCAUCUCCUGUACAGGUUAAAUCAAGCAUUCUUCUGGUGGUAAAACUUGAGUGUUUGUUCUCCACUUAAUAAUUUUUCAACGGCAUGUUUGAGGCAACACUGAAGUGUAAAGUCAGAGACCCCUGGCUCGUACAUUUUGGGGCUCCUUUGAUUCAAAGAAAUUUUAUAGAAUUUCUGAAGGAUUGAAAUCCUUAGGAUUUUUUUC